GGUGGCCCAAAGCAUAACGUGAUUGGCCCAAAGCAGAGGACAUCGAUCCCCCGUCUGCUCUUCAACCUGGACCAACUCGGUCGCCGUCGCUGUCGCCGUUGGGCGUCGGAAAACGGAAGUGAGAUGGCGCGAGGAGUGGACGCCGAGCAGCAGCAGCACCCCAUGGCCGACCAGUUGAAGGAGUAUCAGGCGCGAUCCAGGCACGCCUGGGCAGCCGCAUCCUUCUUCUCCUCCACCUCCACCUCCACCACCGGCUCCUCGUGGGUUGAGGUGUUCCUUGUGGUACGGGAACUUGCUUUGUAUGCUCUACUACUGUUCGCUUGUAUUGCCUUUUAUUUCAAGUUUGUAGGGAUAGCUUUAUCCUUGACAUGUAUUUCUGCACUUCUAUAUUUGUGCAUGAGAUUAACCAAGGAAGAGAGGAAGCACAAGAAAAGUAAGCAAAGAAUGCUUCUUCCAUUGUCCAUGUAAAACAUGUCUGUAAAUUUCUCUGUAAUUACAUGUAAAAUGCUCUCAGUUUAAUACUAAGUUUAUUUACACUCUUGGCAUUCUUUUUAUACUAUUUUCUCAUCAGUUAGUUGUAUCAAUUAGCCCGCAAUGACUUGUUUUGAUGUUCAGUGUUUAGGAUACGUGGUCAUGUAUUCCAAUAUUGAGAUAUUAACCGAUUUAUCUUUACUUGAACUCAUCUUGGGUCGGCUACUUGUUGAGGUUGGAUACUAAUUUGAUCUGAAUCAACUAUUUAGCCAGUUAGCUACUAUGUACUUGCUGAAAUCCAAUGCUGAUUGGAUCACUUAUAUUUAGUCGGAUUUUCAGUAGUGUUCUAAUUUGUUGUUCACUGGCCUGGCCGAAUAUAGGCAUAGAUUUGAAUGGUGUAUUUCUGAGUUAAUUGUGUUUCAUAGACUUGUUUGGCAUCCCUACCGAUGCCGAGUUAACUGACAUAUAUCCUCUUUUGUUUUCAAAUGUUUCAACCAAUAAUAGGUGCACAUGCAUUAUACUGAGCUCUAUGGUGAAGGUUACGAAUCAUUUCUGUAUGCUCUUUGUAUUUUACUCUAUUUUGUGUAUAUGAAUUGUUACUUAUUAGUUAAUCUAACAGUUUGUCAAAUAUAAGAAACUGUAGGCCAGCAUUCAGUAAUAUCUGUUUUGUGGUUUCAUUAAGAUGCGGGCUGUCAAGCGAUGAGGGUCGGCUGCCCUUCUCAUGCUGACCUGCCCAUUUGCCAGGGAAGUUUGGCUCUCAUUUCAUCUAACUGAUCCGAGAGCUGACGGUGCUAGCACAACGUCGAUGACGAUCAAAGGCUGGUGGAGAAGGAGCUGAGCCCUGCGCAAGCAACCAGAUUUUCGCACACAAAUGACUACGGCUGGAUACGUGCCCCGGAGCCUAUGGAAGAAAGGAAUAGGCACACUUUCGAGAAGAAGGGGUAAGUGGCGGAGGUAGGCAAAACGUUCAGGGGAGGCUAAGGUAAAUCAUGAAAAUCAACAUAGCUCCGCCAUUGGAAGGGGUGCUCUCCGGAAACCGUGGCUGCUAUGGCUGGAGACGAGAUUAGAUCGUUCACUGAGGCUACCACUUAGUUUUUCUAGUGUGUUGUUGUUCUUGUGGGUGUUCGAAAUUCUGUGUGAUACCUUGGAACCUCGGUUCAUUUUCCCUCUUCUAACAUGAAAAGGUAAAACUACUGUCAA